AUGGCACCACCACUUGAGGACAUUCGUCCAGCUUUUGAACUCCGAGGUCGCAACUACGUUAUCACAGGUGGUGCUGGAGGAAUAGGUUUUGCGGCUGCCCGCGCCAUCUGCGAACUGGGUGGGAAUGUUGCGAUACUCGACGUACAGGAGAAGCCUGUGGACGAGUUUGAAACGCUUUCCAGCAAGUUCGGAGCGAAAACUUUCUACUUCCAAGCAGAUGUCACCAACCAAGAAAGCUUAAGCAGUGCAUUCGGAAAAGCAGUCGAGGCAUUGGGCACGAUAGACGGGUUGGUGCCAUCGGCUGGGAUCGCCAUCGAUAAGCCUUUUGUUGAUCAAACUUGGGAAGAAUUUACCCGCAUUCAUGAAAUCAAUUGUCGUGGAUUGUUCUUCAGCUGCCAGCUUGCAGCCAAGCAGAUGAUCAAGCAAGGAAAGGGAGGAAGUAUGGUGUUGCUCGCCUCACAGACAGCACAUAUAGCCAUCCCCGGACAUCGUAUGGCAGCAUACAACAUGUCCAAGGGAGGAGUUUUGAUGUUGACAAAGGCCCUUGGGGUUGAGUUAGCACCCCAUAAUAUCCGCGUCAACAGCAUUUCUCCUGGUUUUGUUGAUUCCGAGAUGUUGCAAAAGGUGAAGGCGGCAAAGGGGCCUCAGGAAGCGGAACAACUGGAAAUUUCACCGCCAAUGAAGCGUCUCAGUAACCAGAACGAUCUGACCGGGGCUAUAAUAUAUCUAUUGAGUGAUGCCGCAAGGUUUACCACAGCAAUUGACAUCCCUAUUACUGGAGGGCUUCACGCUGGGACGAUUGAAGGUUUGAUCUAUUAUCCAUAG